AAAACCCGACAACUCCCUUAUUCCACAAGACUUGCGCUCGUCUGGUAGGACGCGGAGCCACACUUAUUCUUCAUCGACGAACAAGCGGCCUACACCUGGUCGAGCUGGCCACCCGCCAUUGUCGGCCCUGCAUGGUUGUUCUCCUGCGAGUAUUGAAGGACUUGGGAUCUUGCUGUCUAGAUUUGAUUUGUAGUCCCUUUGCUGCUCUAGAUAGGAUUUCCUAUAUUGAUGGCUGCGGCUAAGAUGGAUAAGUGUUUUAUUAAGGACAGGCCUGAAGAUGUGUCCUGGCUAUGCUCCCUUUCAACGUCUGAGAUUGAUAUGCUGAUAAAUUUGAAGUUGUAUGUCCGUCACCGUGCUAAGAUGAUAGGUUAUGAGGAACUAGCUGAGAAAUUUGACCUUAAAGUGCUUCGUGCCAUUGCAUUCAUUUUGUUUGAAUAUUUCAAAGAAAAAGUGAAAGAUCCAUCACUUACUCUAGAUGCAGUGAAGCCUGCGGCUUUGUCAAGUGCGUGCAACCUAUUGAGAUGUGAUCACGAAGGGGUCAUAUGUGUUGAAGAUCUGAGUAAAAAUAUUGGCGUUGAUCCACAACAUAUUGUUAGAGGGCCACAGGAAGAAGUGUGUUCCGCACCAGAAGAAGUAGUUUCAAAACGUCAAAAACGAAAAAGGAAGUGCUUUUUUGUCCGAAAGAAAAGGCCGAAGUUCAAAGCAGAGAACAAGUAGAUUUAAUUGUUGAAGGAGCUGAAACUGAUAGCUAAUUGAUGACGGACUGAGACUCCUGGUGAAUGGAAGCUUCAAUUUUGAAUGACCUUAGCAACCUGGCAGGUAUUAGUUGGACAUGCUAUUUUGAAUGGAAACUUCUACAGGGUGCGCGUACUAUUUUUUGCACCGGUGGUGGGGGCGGGCUUGUAUUGUAGAGAAAUAGUUGGAGAAUCUGUCCAUUAAAUUUAAGAAGUUGAACCCCGAGUGCCGAGGUCAACUGGUCGGAGUUGCUGCAAGUGUUGAUUAAUAGGCACUUGAUUUCUAUAUUUUUAGGUUAUUUACCACAUUUUCCAUGUCACUUGAAGUUUUAAUCAUUAUUGUAAAUAUUUUAAUGGAUUUAUGAAAGAUAUUUCAGGUAAAACAUGCCUUGAUAUUUUUUUGUGAUCUAAA